CUUGGAAGACCAUCAUCAACUCCGGUUUAUUCAGUAUCUUCUUACCAAAUGUAAGUGAUCUCUCUUUAUUUCGUACUCUAUCUAAUACUCUAUCUGAUUCUUAUUCAAAAUGGCCGGUGCAGUUUACCAUGUUUUCGGACGGGCCGUCAAGCCUCAUCAGCUCUCAAUUGCUACUCUUGGAAGUACUGCCGCCCUCGUUAUCGGUCUGAACUUGACGAAGAAGCCUGCCGAGAAGCCGACCUCUCCCCCAAUCAAUGCUGCUUCUCCGGAAGAGGAGGAUUUUGUUAAGGAUUUCAUGAAGUCGCUCGAGGAGAAGAAAUAGAUAAAGAGAAAUUGUUGAAGAAAAUCUCGAUAGUUUAGAU